AUGAUAAGGCUUUCAAUACGCAGGUUGCAUAGCACGCCCAAAGACAUCCCAUACCAAGCCACCCCACAAGGUAAAUUCAAUCCCAAACGAUCAGCAUUUAAUUUCAAACCCAAGCCAAUAGACGGAUUAGUACACAAUCCACCUGCAGCUAUACUAAAGCCAUCAAUGCAAACUCCAUACAUAUUCCUUCCAGAAAAUGACCCCAGGCGAGAACUUGCGAAACAAUACCGACUUUCAGAAGAUGUCGUUGCUGACAUGCCUGUAAUAAGGGCAUUCAAAGCUCCGCAUGAGAGAGAGUACACCGUGACAAAGGAAGUUGUUGAUCAUAUUAAGCAAUUGCGAAAUGAAGACCCCGAACGUUGGAAUUUGAAAGAGCUCAGUAAGAAGUUUGAUAUCGAGUUAUCGAAACUCGUACAUUUCCUUAAAAGCGAUUUACAGAAACAAAGUAAGAACCAGGACGUCUCGGGUAUGCCCAAGUAUCUAUUAGACAGAGAAAAGAGAAGACAGAUACAAAAUCAGAGACAGAAUAGGAGGAGAAAUCAAAACAAUGACAGGCCCAAAUCUGAGGGUCCAAAGAGGGAAGCUAUACUAGAUUUAAACAAGUAUAAAGACGAGGAGAUUAGAGUGAGGUUCGUUGGUGGACGACAAGUAACAGGAAUACUCAAGGGAUACGACCAAUUGAUGAAUUUGGUCUUGGAAGAUGUCAAAGAGCAAGUCAGAGAAGUGAGAUUCCCAGAGAUGUCAGUUCCCAAGGAAGUUAAUAAGAAUGUAAUUUUGCUCCCACAAACAAAUCAGCUAAUUGGACUUUACAGCAUCAUCCGUGACCAAAACACAAAGAGAGGGGACUUUGUAUUUUACUCGGAUCGUAUCAUUCGACUUUUGGUUGAAGAGGGAUUGAACCAAUUGCCAGUGGAGGAAUGUACCAUUGAAUGCCACGGCGGUCAUGAGUACAAAGGGGCCAGGUUUUUGGGCAAGAUCUGUGGUGUAUCUAUUGUGAGAGCUGGUGAAUCGAUGGAGAUGGGACUAAGAGAUUGCUGUCGAUCGGUGAGAAUUGGAAAAAUCUUGAUCCAAAGAGAUGAAGAAACUGCUUUGCCUAAAUUAUUUUAUGAGAAAUUACCAGAAGACAUUAGUGAACGGUAUGUGUUUUUACUAGACCCAAUGUUGGCUACUGGGGGGUCAGCAAUGAUGGCUGUUGAAGUAUUACUCGCGAGAGGAGUCAAGAUGGAGAGAAUAUUCUUUUUGAACUUGUUGGCUGCCCCAGAGGGAAUACAAGCGUUCCAUGAGAAAUAUCCCGAUGUAACAAUCAUAACCGGAGGAAUCGAUGAGAAACUUGAUGAUGACAAGUACAUUGUUCCUGGGUUGGGUGAUUUCGGUGAUAGAUAUUAUUGUAUAUAA